AUGUCUGGCAGACCGUCCAAUACACGCUCUAGGCAAAAGUCAUGUGUCGCAUGCGCCGGAGGGAAGCGGCGUUGCAACCGUCAAACUCCGCAGUGCUCACGAUGUCUCGCCCACGGACUGAAAUGCACCUAUAUCAGUCGACAACGGCAACAAACCCCUUCCAAGAUACAAUCAAUUGAUUCUACGUCUUCUUUAAGCUUUGAUGAUCUUCUAACCUUUCUCCCGCCUGAUGACUCUUUAUUCGAUGAUGUGGAAAUCCCUACAUCGUGGCUGACUCCGAGCCCUUAUCUCACCGUCCCAACAUUACUUCCGGCAGGUCUUUACCCAGAGUCCGCUGUCAUUGACAGAUGGUCCCUGAGUCAGGCGUUGCGGAGUAUAACGGCCUUCCCGCGCAUGUUUGCAUGCUUUCGGAAAACACCAUUUAUUCAUCAUCGUUUGUACGAUGCAUAUCUUCCAGAUGCCAUCCAAGAUGCCUUUACGGUCUCUUCGGCUUAUUGCAACAAGACAAUAGAGACCGAGGAUAUGGUAUUACGUAUCCUGGAAAACAAAAGCACGAAGCUCGUGAACCAGGACCAUCAAUCCAGUACAUUAGAGGAGCUUCUGGCAACGAUGCAGGCACUACUUCUCUUUCACAUCAUCCAACUCUUUGACGGUGACAUCCGGCAGCGCUCGCUAGCUGAACAGAACAUGGAUACACUCCGAGUCUUGACCAUGCAAUUGCAGGCCCGAGCGGCGGACCUAAACUCGACGCCAACGUGGCAAGAAUGGAUCUUUACAGAGAGUAUCCGCAGAACAAUUAUUCUCUCAUUAUUCAUUGAUGGGUUAUACUCAGCGCUAAAGAUGGGCACUUGCUCGAAUAUUCGAGCGUUGAGUGUUCUGCCCUUUACAUCUGGUGUUGCUCUGUGGGACUUGACAACGAGUGCUUCGUGGCUUUCCGAGUCGCGUGACUUGAGAUCAAAUAUUGUGCUCUAUGGGGAUUUCUCAAGGGCUUUUGAGAACGGACGGGUCUCGGGUAAACUGGACACUUUUCAGAAAUUGUUGCUAACGCCGUGUAUGGGUGAGAGAUAUAGAGAAGUGCUGGAGAUGGAGGCCUGA